GCCUGCCCGCUGGCUUUGUGUCCUGGGGGAAAGGACGGAUGGCACAUGUUGGCAGGGCUGUUUCCAGGAUCAGGGGUUGGGGGGCGGGGGUUAUUUUGUUUAGUUUUGUAUUUUUAAAUCCAUUGCUCUCCUACCACCCUGAUUGCGUCCGGUUCCACUGGACCUGGGGUGAUGUAGGGGUCUGCGUGUGAGAGGACUGAAGGCUGGUGGUUCCAGCUCUGGUGUGGUGUGACUAGCCCAGGGACCAAAAUGACAUAUCCAUGAGGGAGCUCUUUGAGGCCGUGCCACUGCUCUACUCUGUCUCUUCUGAUCUAUUAAGUGCUGAGAAGAAGACAGAAGUAUUUGGGACUCACGGUGCUUAGAUCUCUUCUAGCUCUGCUUUCCAGGGUAACAAGCGUAGGCUCAAGUAAUGCAAAAAGAAUUAUCGUUGCUUAUUUUGCUUGUGUACACCGCUAGAGAGGAGGAGAGAGAUUAAAGUUACGUUUGAGACUGACUUCCUAUUUAUUCCUUCCAGUUGACAGCUUGGGGGAGGAAAACCUUGUUCUGAUCAUUUCACAUCUUCUGUCUUCAUCUGUUUGUUUUCCUCUAGAAAAAGCUGCAUUUUCUUUUCCUGCAUUUUCAGGAGGAGGCUGAAAAUGGCUUCACCUGCUUUUUUCCCUCUGCCCCAAAACAGCUACAGAAGGGAAAGUGUUGUCCCAACGCGUUCUCCAGGGCUAGACACGCUUCGUGCCUGACAGUUCUGUGACAGAUACUGCUCUCUGUUUGCAAGGCCAAAUUAAUGUUUUCCUAAUCUUAACAGUAAUAAGGUUUGACCUCGCGGUGACGAUGGGGAAGAAUGUGUGCAUUCAGGAUUUGUCCUUAGUAAGUGCUAGGAGGCACUUCUGGGUCCUACAGUGCAGACGUGGCCCGAGGUGAUUUUUUCCUGCCUUCCCUCCCAAAGCUUGCUGCUGGCUGUCAGUUUCUUCCUUGCCUUUGCUGAUUGUACUGGUUCCUAAACAAUCCAGGAGAUUGUUACGGUUUCUGAUCAAAUGGCAAGAAGAAGUUCUUUUAAACAAAAUUAGCAGUGCCGAACUAGUGUUCAGUUUUAGAGAUACAUUCUGUAGGAAACACUGGCAUCCAGGUCUGGUUAGGAAAUCCCAUUAGCUUUUUAAUUAUAAUAAGGUUUUUUAGGAAGUCCAGACCAGACUGAAUAUGCAGAGUCUUUUACUGGAUGCUGAUGCCUUAGAUGAAGAAGUCAGCCACUUACUCUUUGUGGAUGUGCUGCAUGUUGUAAUUUCAUUACUGUCACUGGACAGAAGAAGAGGUCAAUAUAGAUUGAGAGGCUAUAGAGACUUCAGAGCCUUUCUCUGCCAUCGAGGAGCCUGUGGACAGAGUUGGCAAAUGCUGGGCUGCUUUGCAGCUUCCUUUUGGAUACUUUUGUUUAUGGACCAUGGGGACCACAGAGCUGAGUGUGUGCCAUGGGAAGGGAGGCUUUGGGGAACCAUGAGUUUGAUGAAGGUGUGAGUGGAUUGUUGGAUCCUCUGCUUAAAAAUGCUAAUUUUACAAUCCUGAGUGCAAACAUUAAGGGAAAAACCCCAUUAGCAAAAGAAAUGAUGAAAUAUGUUCAUCCCUUCAAAAUAGUACGUUUUGACUCAGAAUCGAUAGGAAUUGUCGGUUAUACUACAAAGGAAACGUCUUUUCUUUCAAAGCCAGGUAUGCUUUUCAAAGAGAAAAUACAAGUGAGACAAGUGUGGAUGAAUAAACUUACUGCUAUGGGAGUUAACAAAAUAAUUGCACUAGGACACUCUGGUUUUACUGUGGACAAAGACAUUGCUCAAAAAGUGAAAGGAGUGGAUGUUGUAAUCGGAGGACAUACAAACACUUUUCUCUAUACAGGCACCCCACCCUCUACUGAACAGCCAGCUGGCCCAUAUCCGUUCAUGGUUCAGUCAGAUGAUGGGAGGAAGGUGCCGGUUGUACAAGCUUACGCUUAUGGAAAAUAUCUCGGUUACCUAAAUGUUACAUUUGACAAGAAAGGAAAUGUAAUUGAAGCAGUAGGAAACCCUAUUUUGCUGGACAGCAGUGUUCCUGAAGAUGACUACAUUAAAGAAGAAGUGGAAAAAUGGAGGAAAAGCCUGGGAAAUUAUUCUAAAGAGAUUGGAAAAACUAGUGUUUACCUGAAUGGUACAAGCCAAGCGUGCCGUUUCCAAGAAUGCAACAUGGGAAACUUGCUUUGUGAUGCUGCGCUUUAUGAGAGUGUUAAACACCCUGAUGAAAAGAAAUGGAACCAUGUUUCGAUGUGCAUCCUGAAUGCAGGUGGGAUACGCUCACCCAUCGAUGAACAGAGCGCUGAUGGCAGUAUUACUAUGGAAGAUUUGCUGUCUGUUUUGCCAUUUGGAGGUCGUUUUGAUUUGGUAAAGUUAAAAGGCUCCACUCUGAAAGAAGCUUUUGAGCAUAGUGUGCGCAGAUAUGGGAGAGGAACCGGAGAGUUGCUGCAGGUCGGAGGCAUCCACGUGGUCUAUGAUCUCUCCAAAGCUCCAGGAAGCAGAGUUGUUAGCAUAGAAGUGCUCUGUACAACCUGCAGAGUCCCAGCCUACGUACCACUCCAAAUGGAUGAAAUAUACAAUGUGACUCUUCCAUCCUAUUUGUUAUUUGGUGGAGAUGACUAUCAUAUGCUGAAAGACAAGAAUCUGGGAUACAGUAAAGGUGAACCUGACAUUGAGGUUGUUUCCCGUUAUCUUGACAGAAUGAAAAGAGUUUAUCCAGCACUUGAAGGUCGAAUAAAAUUUUCUGCUGGAAGUAUCAUCCAAGGAAGUCUUACCUUGAUUGCUGUACUGCUCACUGUAACAUUCUUGCACAUUUAAUUUUUGCUUGUGAUAUAUUUUUUCCUUUGGAGGAAGGCAGGUGCAGAGAUAGUGCUCAGGAAGAAGAGAACUUCUAUUUUCUUACACCUUACAAUAAACAAGUGCUUAGGCUUCUGCAUGUAAUCAGUAAUAGCCCAAGCAACUGUCCUUAAUCAGGUAAAGUUGUUGAAGCAGGCUAUGCAAAAUGAGGGGGCAGAAUUAAUGACUUUUCAUAGUUUGUUUGCACCCUCUGUUUCAGACUCACAUGGUCCACAACUCAGGUUCAUGUUCUAAGAAGCAAAGUAUUAGUGAAUACUAAUUCUCUAUCCAGAACUCCAUCACUGACUGAAGUGGCAUCUUCUUAAUUUGUCAAAUUCUUCUUGCAGCUUAGACAAUGAAUUGAUUACAAAUCUGAUUCCAGUAAUUUAAACAACCUUCUAGAAAUUGGUGUAUUACAGGUUUGUAUCUCCCCCCUCUGAUCACCACUCAUUGUUUAAGCUUUCAAUCUAAUAAUUCUACUUUGCUUCAAGUCAUAUUUGUCUUACCUACAAGAGAUGAAUUUAGUGUUAAAAUCAUGAGGUCCGUUUAUGUGCAAUUAAAAAAGUCUGUCCGUAUUGCUUUAAGAUGCAGCAACUCACUUAUGUUUUACACUGAUAAAGGAUACAAUGCAAGCUUUGAUUUGAUUUUGAUGAAUUUUGAUUUGGCAAAAAUCAAGCACGUGUAGCUUCACCAUUUAAUAUGACCAGUUUAGGGGCCAUAUCCUUAGGGGGUACACAGUAUCUAAGACGAUAUGUAUAUGAGACAAUUCUGAAAAUUAUUCUUGCAGCAACUGCCAUGAGAUUUCUAGAUUAGUGCCAACAAUAAAGAUGCUCAUUUUAUACCUUAUUCCAAAGACCAAAGCACAGGGCUCCUGUACAUCACCCAGUAUCAGCAACAUUCAGAGAACGUCAGCUACAAAUGAUGAUUCCUACAACACUGUGGCAUUCUUUGGAAGCUGCCCAGAAAUGGGGCUUUUUAUAGCGUAACCUGGCCUUAUCAUCAUUAUGAUAACUCAAAAGCCUAUUUCUCCACAGAAAGGCUGUGUUUUACAAUACACAGUUGUAAGAGGCAAGUUAAUGAAUAUAAAACCGGAAAUAGGACGUACAUUUUCUGACACUUUAUCCAGAAAGGACAGACCUAUAAAUGAGUGCAAAUAAUGGUAUUUUUGUAAGACCACUCAAAUUCAGAAUUUUAAAAUCCAUAUAUUGUUUAUUGUUGUAUUAAACUGAUUUGCAAUGUUUUGAAUAAACCUGUCUUGAUUUUCUGGAAAACAAACUAUGCUCCUUCAGAGCCCAGCUACGCAGCUCUUGAAUUCCCUGUUCCUCAGAUUACAUGAAGGUGUAUAAUAUUAAAGAUAAACAUUUAAUAAGACAGACAAUAUGCAGUAUGUUUGAUUUCAAAACUUACUUAGCUUCCAAGUAAAUUCGAGAGCUGCACAUGAAGUGACUUAGACUACGUAGUUUUAUUAGCUAAGCUGUGUUGGAACAGGCACAUUUGUGCCUCAAAGUACUUGAAGCUGGGAGACACGUAACAACUGCACUUGACACUGCCGGGUAUAACAUGACAUUGAUGAUUUUUCAAUACCAGCCCGUAAAGGUCUUAACAGAAGAGUAUUCCCCAAAACAACGUAAAACAGUAGCACAGACUACAUUUAUGGACUACACUGUAUCUGCACAUCUUUGUUUUAGAAAGUAGGUAUGAAGACUCCUUCAGCAUACCCAGAGAGAAAUAAUAUUUUUACCUUCCUCUGACAAACAGAAAGAAAAAGUGAACGACAGCAAUAUAAAUAAAAAAAGCAAGUUGUGUUGACAAAAACCACUAAUACUAUAUUAGAAUAGUGUACUCUGGUCUGUCUGCAAAAGGAAAAAAAUAGGCAUUGUCUGGAAAAAAAAAUCUCAGGGAAAGUCUGUUAAAACAUCUGUAUUGUUCUGCAAGUAAAACAUGUUACAAAUCCAUGCAAAAAAGUCCUUUUUAAAGUCUCUUUUAUAAAGUCUAGGGCCAACAAGUUAAGAUUUACAGGAAGAAAAUCCUCCACACAUUUUUAUUCUAAUCAAUUUUUAGAAAAUACUAAGAACAGAUUCACAUCCUCUUCUCUAAGCCUCUAAAGAGGAUGUCCGGGGAAAAAAAGAACCCAAAUCACAAACCCAGAUAAGAAAUGGCAGAAAAAAAUAAAAGCUAAGGUAAAGUCAAAAAAAACCACUUCACACCCAUUGUUAUUUUAAGAGUGCUUUAAAUUUCAAGGUCAGAUGCUAAAUAAACUGAACAACUGAAACAUGUGCUAUAUUUUCCAUGUCCAUGGAAAUCAUGAAGGCCAGAGAUAAGAGAUUCUGAGAUUUGUAUGCAAUAGAUUCAAUCACAUCUCUGUUUAAGUAAAUGAUUAAGAUUUGUCAAGGCAUUUAAAAACACCUUAACAGGAGCACUUUACAAAUUCUUCCAGACAAUUUUUCUAAAUAUCCUUUAAGGAAGACAACAGUUACGCUUUUAACAAAGCACAGGAAGGCUGGUCUCCCAGCACUCUUAUUUCAUAUUACCCUGUACUUUCUC